AAUUUGCAAAGUAGCUCUCCAUCAAAAACACUCAUCUUUCUCUUUCCCAACAAAACAAGAAGAAAAUGGUUUACGUGAAGGGUCCUGGCCUCUACUCCGACAUUGGCAAGAAAGCCAGAGAUCUUCUUUACAGGGAUUACCAGGGCGAUCGGAAGUUCACUCUCAGUACUUUGACUUCAAAUGGAGUGGCCAUUACCUCGUCUGGGAUUCAGAAGGGUGAUUUGUUUGUAGCUGAUAUUAGCACCGUUCUAAGGAACAAGAACAUCACGACCGAUGUGAAAGUGGAUACCAGCUCCAAUGUGUUCACAACUGUCACUGUAGACGAGCCUGCUCCAGGGGUGAAGGCGAUCUUUAGCUUUGUCGCUCCAGAUCAAAAGUCCGGCAAGGUGGAGCUUCAAUAUCUACACGAGUAUGCUGGAAUCAGCACGAGCCUCGGGUUUACUGCUAAACCGACUGUCAACUUCUCUGGUGUGGCCGGAAAUCACCAGGCCACAGUUGGCACUGACAUUUCUUUCGACACUGCUACCGGGAAUUUCACCAAAUUGAACGCUGGAAUCAGUCUCAUCGCUACUGACCUAAUUGCAUCCUUGAUGGUGAACGACAAGGGCCAGAGCGUCACAGCGUCCUACUUCCACAUGGUCAGCCCGCUGACGAACACCACAGCAGGAGCGGAGUUCACUCACGGUUUCUCGAGUAAUGAGAACACCCUUACGUUCGGGGCGCAUCAUAUGAUGGAUCUUACAACUGGGGUGAAGGCUCGAGUGAAUAACUACGGCAAGGCGAGCGCGCUUCUGCAGCACGAGUGGCGCCCGAAAUCCCUCGUUACCAUCUCCGGCGAGGUCGACACCAGAGCUAUAGAGAAGAGUGCCAAGAUUGGGCUGGCUGUGGCCAUCAGACCCUGAAAAAUUCACAAGUAAAUUAUUGGCGGCAGCUUAUCUUUUGGAGUUAAAACAGAGCUAGCAAUAAAAGUGAUGGUCGUCUAUUGAUUAUGAUAAAUUGUUAAUAAUUCUUUUUGGAAGUUGUAAUCUACAUUACCAUUUCUUAUUUAAUUUCAUCAAUCUUAUCCAUUCAUAACUA